AUGUCUAAUACAAUGAUACCUUGGCUUUGUUUAUUACCUGUGGAAAUUCUACAUCAUAUAUUUGAUUGUCUCGAUGCAUCAACAAUACUAUUUUCAUUACGUUGUACUUGUCGAAGAUUAAAAACAAUUGUUGAUAGUUAUGAUCGAUAUGUUCUUGAUUUUCGAUCGAUAUCGAAGUCUGAUUUUCAAUUAUUAUGUUGUUUGAUUAAUCCACGAAAAGUUAAAUCGUUAAUACUUUUUCCUAAAGAUGAAACAUCAGAUCAACUUGAAUUAUUUAUGACAUAUUUUCGUAUUCAAGAAUUUACUCGCCUUCGUUCAUUAACUUUAAUUGAAAUUGAAGAACGUCAAUUGAAAGUUCUUUUAAAACGUUUUUGUAUUCCUUCAUUAACUUCAUUUUCAUUUAAACUUGGAAAAUAUGAUGAUCGUCGUACAAAUACAACAGCAACACUUCUAUCAUCUAUUAUUUCACAAGCAAAUCUGCAUCAUUUAAAUCUUGAACUUCGCUCAACUCGUAUAGAAAAAAUGAUUUGGCCUGCUCAAUGUUUAAUUAAAUAUUUAAAAAUUGGUUCGUGUGAUGAAUUUUCUCAGAUUUUUACAAUUCUUCGAUGUUCACCUCAUUUACAAACAUUUGUUAUAAAAUUUUCAAGUUAUGUCGAUGAUACAAUUAUCUCAUUGGAUUCUUUUCGAACAUCUUUCCAACAAUUAACUUCACUAACAUUAGAAAAUCUCCGUGCGAAUGUUAAUAAUCUUGAAUUAUUGCUUUCAUCGAUGACUUCAUUGACUUAUUUAAAAUUAAUUGGUUUAGGACAUUUUUUAAAUGGUAAUCGAUGGGAACAAUUUAUUCAAACGAAUCUACCAUGUUUGAAAAAAUUUGAACUUUUCGUUCAGGAAUGGAAAGAUGUUGAUUAUACUUCAGUUGAUAUUGAAGCAAUUAUAGAAUUAUUUCGAACAUCAUUUUGGAUUGAACAUAAAAAAUGGUUUUUCACAUGUGAAACUAUUGAAUUAUGGCCACGAGUAAUCAAACUCUAUUCUAUUCCACUUUGUAUAUCUACGUUGACUUAUGAACCUGAAUCUAAUAAAAUAUCAUCAUCAACUUUUUAUUCAAUAAUUAACAACGAUAUGUCAAUUAUGGAUAAUAUUGAUACAAUUGACUUUAAAUUUUCAAAAUUUACGUUGGAUGACAUUCAACAACAGCAGCAAAGUCUGCAUGGUCCCUUGUUUCGCCGAAUAACAAACCUCGAACUUGAUUACUAUGUCCAACCAAUACCCAAUUGGGCUUCAUUCAUUUCAAUACUCGUUGAUCUGACAACAGUCACUCAAAUCAAAUUAACCGGGAUCAGAAUUUUUCAGGCUCAUCCAAAUAUAAUAACGGAUCUUAGUACUUUACUUCAACAAGCAUGUAGUCUUACUUCAUUAGACAUAUGUUGCAACUAUGAUAGUAGACGAUCAAAGUUAACUGCACAGGAUAUAUAUUCAAUGACACCAUCACAUGUUAAACAUUUGGCAGCGUCAAUUAAAAAUUUAAAUGAAGUUAAAAUUUGUCUCACAAAACUCCAACAUUUAUUAACUGCUAGAUUCUUCUAUAGGAGUAGUUCAUUUUCGAAUGUAGUUGUCGAAUGGUUGGAACAAGAGAAAGCUGGUUCAUCAUACUUUGUAGGUGCUGUUUUUACAAAAGUAUGGCUCGUACAAAGUAAUAAUCAAUUUAAAUUAGUCAGAAUUGGAAAUAAACGUAUUAAACUCACUGUUGAUCAUUAA